UGACAGCUCUCUGGUAAACAAGUGACGUCAUCAGCACGUAAACAUUGCUCACGUGUUCUACUCGCCCAACCAAUCUACAGCCGUAAACCGCUGAAGUGACGUAAAGAAAAACACUCCUGUCGUGUUAUGGCCAACAUAGCAGCUGUACUCUGUGGACCCCUUAUCUGAGUUAUGUCGAUAUACAAUAACUGCAUUUUGCAAAAUAACUACGUUAUGAGCGCAGCUUUCUCAAUUUUAAGAUCUAAUUGUACUCGAUGAUGGCAUCUUGGCAGCCCAUUAGUAAUUUAAGAGACAAGGUGUCCCAGAACCCGCCGGCUGUGACAUUUUUCCUGUGUCUCGUGACACUGGCUAUUUCGUUUAUCUGCCUCGGUUCCUAUAGCAGUAAUCACACAAUGCCCAAUCCUGACACAGAAAAGGACUGGAACCAUCUCCUCUCUACGUUAGCACACUUCCAUCUGUGUGUUAAAAGCAACUGGAGUUCAGAUGAGCCAGCGUCUCUAGGCCCAUCUCCACUUAUAGAACAGAAAAGAAAUAAAGAUACUUCACUUGACUUGACACCACAGCCCUCACAUGUGAGCAGCUUGCAUCUCAAGGUUCCUCUGACGAUCACAACCAGCCACGGACUUCCAAAAGAUGUUGACCUUUCCACAACCUUUACAGCCAGUCAAUUGCAUCUUGGGGGCAAUGAGAUUGUGAAUGUAGACAUCCAUUCUGAAAAUGAUACUGACAUUUGCCUCACUUUAAGAGCUUCAACUGCUCUCUUCCCAAUGAGUCUGCUUCCCCCAGAGUGCCAUGCAUCAAGCAACAUCCAUUCACUUGUCCAUGUAGAGGCAAUUGACCAACCACCACCAGCAUCACAAGCCUGCUAUGGUCUUCUCUCCAGGAAUGACCCUACUCUCACUAUCAUGUUAACAAAGGACGAGCAGCGGGUGGCAAUGCGGCAUCUGAUAGAAGUCAGUAUGUGUCUGAUAGGAAUUUGUUUAAUACUUUGUUUAGCUGCUAGCCUGUCGCAUUCAAAGAUGCGCAACUACCACAGGAAGGAGCUGGACUUUCAAAAUGAACCUUUGCUCGACCCUUGAAUCUUUUUGUCAACUGCACGUUGAAGGAUUUAGUCCAAGGCAGUGAGCAAAACUAGCCUUUUGUCCAGUGGGAUCCUAAUGACAACGUUUAUCCAGCGUCUCAAGUGUAAAUGUGCCAGAUUGAAAGUAAAGCUGUAA